AUGGAAUUAAAUGUAAAUAAAAUAAAUAAUGAUCUUGUUGAACGUUUAAAUACAUAUGAAUAUUUAUUUAAUAGUCAAUAUGAUUUAGUAGAAAAUGUUAAUAAAAUAAGUCGAGAAGAAAAUCCAUCUCGAUCAUGUAAAUCACGUUUUGAUUUAUCACUAAAAUUAUUUUAUUAUUCCAUUGAAAAUAUUUUAACUAUUGAAAAAGGCAGAUUAAAUUUAAAUAAAUUUGAUUCACAACAAAUUCAACAAUCAUUUCAUAAAUUAAUAUUAAAUAAUGAAUUUAUGCGAUCUCUUCUCGGUUUAUGUUUAUUAUUAGUAUUAUAUGCUCAUUCGGAUAAAUAUCAUGAUUUUAAUUGGAUAUUACAUGUUUAUUCAUUAGAUGGGUAUUCGUUUUUAAAAAUCAUACAAAUUUUUUUACAAACUUGUAAACAAAUACAUGAAUCAACACUAUUUAUUAAAUAUUUAUCAUCAAUUGAAGAACAUAUUUUAUCAUCAAUGGCUUUUUCAACAAAAUCCUCAUUAUGGAAUGAUAUUGAAUUAAAAGGUAUUUUAUCAUAUAAAACAAUAUCAUCAAUUCAAUCAAAUAUAAAUAAUUCAUUAUCAUCAAUAAAUAAUGUAACUCGAAUGUUUAGUCAAUCAUCAAAUAAAACGAAUGUAUCAAGAAAAUUAUUUCAAUCGAAUACAACAGAUCAAUUAACAAAUAAAUCGACAAUAAAUCGAAGUAAAUCAGAUGGAAUUGUUGAAAAUAAUGAUAAAAAACAUGUUAAAUUAAGUCCAUAUACAAUGUUUUAUUUUCGAAGUGUUUUUAUUCGUUCAAUUAACAAAUAUGAUUUUAUUGAAAAUGAAGAAAAUAUUCAUAAGAAUCCAUGUUUAACAUCAUCAAAACCUGCUGAAACAAUUAAUUUAAUUGAUGGAAAUAUAAUUGGUGAUAUAAGUAGUUUUUAUAAAGAAAUAUUUUUAAAUAUUCCUUUUCUUGAAAAAAAUCUUGAAAAUAAUUUAAAAGAAAAUCAAUUAAUUGAUCUUCCUUAUAGAAAUAAAACAUUUGAAAAUAUUAAAUCAGGACAUGUUAACGUAAAUAUAUCUUCAAAUACAUUUAUUAAUUAUUCGUCAAAUAAAAUUCAAUCAAAUAUCUAUUCAUCAUCAUCAAAUAAUCAAACAAAUUAUUUAACAAGAGAUAUUCAAACAAAUCCAACAUCGAAUGUUUUAUCAUCAUUGAUUCAAGCAGAUGGUAAAUUUUUAACAACUAUUUCAACAAUAUCAAAAAUAAAUAAUUCAAAUGAGAAUCAAGAUAAUAUUCUUAUUAAUAGAAAUGAAAAAAAUCUUUUUUUUGGUCAAUCAACAAAUAAUUCUGUUAAACGAACACUUUCAGAUGACUCGAAUUCAAAUUGUUUAACAAGUUUAACAAAAAAAGUUUUACAAAUUGAAAAAGAUCGACAAAAGAUUGAAGAAUAUUAA